AUGCCUCCCAUUCCAAUUCACGCAUCGUCUCCCAUCAACACCAACCACCCAUCCAAUGCAUUUGGUACAUCUCCUAGUAGUGCAGCAGCACGCUACACCCCUGCAGAUGUAGACGCAGGACCUACUACAACAACAAAUCCAUCACCAUCCGGGAUCGCCCAACCAGGGGCCCCCGCAGUUCCACAACCUACUAAUACCAGCUCCAGCACUUACAACAACAGAUUCGAGCCCACCGCUACAAGAGUCGCCCCCUCAAGCACGGCAGAAAUCUCUGAAAGCCCUCCGCCGCCUCAGCCCGGCGCCGUCCCUUCUCCCUACGCAAACACCACCAACAAUGCGUGCACACCCAAACUUGACACCCCUCAACCGCCGCGUCCCAUCGAAACCGACCUUCAACAGCAACAGCAGAUCAAUACCUCACCAAUCCGCCACGCCCUCCCAUCCCCAACGCCCACACGGACCCACGCACCACACAACCUUCCCCUCGGCCAAAUCUACAGUCCCACGCGCUCCAUCCCACCAGCAGGCAUGACAUCCACAUACCCAGCAGCACAAGACCUGUCGCACCCGCCAGGCUACAUGCAAGAUUCACGGGCGUCUUUCGACGAUAAACCCGUCGAGUUCUGCCAACCACUGGACCGGCGCGCGAGUCCCUCGAGCUCACGCCGCGGCGGCAUUCUCGACGCUGAGCCAACGUUUGAGAGCAGUGGAGAUGACGAAGGCGUCUUGAACACGGCGUACGCAUGGGCUAAAGCUGCGGGGAAGAGGUUGAGUCGUACCGAGGAACAGCUGUGGAAGAAGGUUAAUGGAAUGGAUCGCUCGUAG